UUCCGAUAAUAAUAUUUUUUGUGAGGUUGCCUUUAAAUCUCCAAAGAUGAAUUCAGAAAAAUCUAAUAGACAAGAUUUUAAGUAUAAAGAAUUAAAGCGCGGAAGUUUAAUUUGCGUCAUUUGGAAACGUGAUUGUCUAAAAUAUGAACUUUAUUUUGGAGAGAUUACUAAAUCUAAUGAAAGCUCAUUAAACAAUAAAGAAGCGAUAGUUAAUGUUUGCUUUGCUGAUCACUCUAUUUAUCAAAUUGCUUGUGAUGAUAUUGAAAAAGGAAUGGAACAUCCUGAUCGCCCAAGACGUUUCAUGGUUGAGACACCAAAUGUUUAUUUCGGAGCUUAUAAGCACAUAUUAAUGACAUUGCAGGAAAUGUAUCCUUAUCGUUUACCGUUUGAACAAUAUAUAAUGUCACCUUUGGCAAUUCAGGUUGCUACUCCUGCGUACACACGUACUUCAGAAUUUAAGUUUGAUCUUUCGAUUUUAUUAAAAAACCCUGGUGAUUCUCUAUUCUUGGAUGUACAAUGUCUAGACUCGCGGGUAAAUGCAAUAGAAAAAUUAUCUACACAAAAUGUCAGUACUUUGAACAGACCUCAAGCAUAUGCUCUGGUAAAUACUUUAUGUAGUGAAUUCUCUCUGAUUCAAGGAUCGAGAACUAAAUCUGAAAGGAUAAAAAAUUUAGAGAAACCAGAGGACCCGAAAAAUGUUCAAAUACUUGGUGCAACUACCAGCGGCGUUGCUAAAUAUCGAUCUUUGAUCCUCCAUGUUGCCCCUCAGGUUAUGCUUGUUGAAGAAGCGGGAGAAAUUUUAGAGGCACAUGUGAUAAGUUCUUUAUGUCCAUCUAUGCAACAUAUCAUUCUCAUUGGUGACCAUCGCCAGUUGCGUCCACAUAUUUCAACAAAAAUUCUAUCCAUGGACUCACAAAUUGGAAAAGCUUUUAAACUUGACAGAUCCUUGUUUGAACGUUUAAUAAACGAAGGGAUGGUCCCUUCCCAAAUUAUCGAACAGCGAAGAAUGAGGCCAGAAAUUGCUGAUUUAAUAAGACCUAUUUAUCCUGCACUUAUGGAUGCAAUAAAUACAACCAAGUACCCUAAGGUUCGAGGUGUAAAACAUGAUCUAUUUUUCUUUGAUCAUAGAAAUCCAGAAGAGGUUGAAUCAAAUAAAUUUGAG